AAAGAAAAGAAAAGGAAACGAAAAAGAAAAUAGCCCUCAAUCUCUCGUAUUUUUCCAUCUCUCUUCUUUACCUUAAUCUCUCCCUGCAGAUCGAUUCUUCUAUGAUCAAUUAGUGUAACUGAGAAUAGAUCGAUUCUUUACCCUACAAUUGAGAAUCGCGCUUUCUUUUUACCUCAUCGAAGAUGAAGCCGCUGAUUGAUUCGUCCGUGGAUUAGAAAUUAGAUGUCUGACGGAGAGCCCUCCAUUCUUCUGGGAUUGAUUCUCGAUGGUAGCGGGCAGUUCGUCUGAUCUGGGGGUGAUACUCAUUUGUAAAUAAACCACAAUUUGAAGGAGAAGAGGAAAUUUGGAACAACUGAGCAAAUUGAUCAGAUAUCUGGGCAGGCCUGAUAAAGCUGGUGUGGAGUUGUCCGGAGAGGUGAUCCUCCACGCGCUACGUUCAAUAUGGACACUGAACUCUAUAAAGCACGCGUCUUCAUACAAGAGAAAAUCUUUGAGAUUUUAUUACAGCGGCAUCAACGACCCAUCGAUGAAUUACAGAGGCUGAAGUUUAAGGAUUUCGUGAAGCGCUUGGAGGAGGGUAUUUUUAAAACUGCUCUUACAAAGGAUGACUAUAUGAACCUGGAUACUUUGGAGAGUCGUCUGCAUAAUUUGCUGAAGCGUUCGUCCCUGAAUAAUCAGAACCAGCAAUAUCAGCAGGUGGUUAGUUCUUCUUCUGCGAUAAGUCAGAUGAUUCCGACUCCUGGUAUGGCUCACAGUGGGAAUUCAAAAAUGAUGGUUGCGUCUUCAGGCGAUUCUAUUAUUUCCGCUAAUGCUAGCUUAGCACCUACUGCUAGCACAGGAAGCCUCAUGCCAACUGGUGGAAUAACUGGUGGUUCCUUCAACAGAGCUGAUGGUCCCUUAUCCAGUGGAUAUCAGCAGUCUCCUAGUUAUUCAGUCGGUUCUGGUGGAGUUAUAUCAUCUGCUGGUGCACAAAGAAUUGCUAGUCAAAUGAUUCCUACACCUGGUUUCAGUAAUAACAUUAACCAUAUAAGCAGCAACCAGUCUUAUGUGAGCAGGGAGUCUUCCAGUAAUGGUAGUGGGCUUCCCAGUGUUGAACCUACAAUGUUGUCUCAAGUGCAAUUGCAAAAGCAGCAUAUUGGUGGUCAGAACAGUCGUAUAUCACACAAUCUUGGUAGCCAAAUGGGUAGUGGAAUAAGGUCUGGCUUACAGCAGAAAUCUUAUGGGUUUACAAAUGGAGCUGUCAAUGGUAGCUUAGGAUUAAUAGGUGGUAAUGUACAACUUUUGAAAGAAUCUAGCACCUCAGAGGGCUAUCUGAAUGUCUCGUCUUAUGGUAAUUUAACCAAACCUGUAGGACAAUCUUUUGAUCAAAAUGAGCAAUCGUUGGUGCAAGGUGAUGGAUAUGGAAUGAAUACUACCGAUUCUUUUGGGUCUGAAAACCUUUAUGGCCCUGCAACAUCUGUUGGAUCAAUGGUGACUGCUCACAAUUUGAACUCGGCAAAUUUUCCAUCUAUGUCUAAAACGAGUUCAUCUUUCCCCAGUAACCAGUCAAAUUUUCAUGGAACUCAACAGGGCACUCACUCCCCCCUAAUUGAUGGGUCAGACAAGAUGAAUUUCCAACCUUCACUAUCUUCCAGGGAAAACAUCAUUGAUUCUCAUAUGCAGCAGCAGUUUCAGCAGCAGCAUCACCAAUUUCAACCACAACAACCAUUUCUUCAACAGUCUAGUAUCCAGGAACAGCAAAUUCAGCCUCAGCAGCACCUAUUAAAUAACAAUUCUAUUAGUCAAGUUCAGUUAGCGUCCAACCUAGGCAGUCAUGUGAAGCAGGAACCUGGUGGGGAGCAUCAUAGUGGGCCUUUUCAGCCACAAGUUACUGAACAUUUCCCACUGCCUGAGACGCAUAACCAAUUUCAUCAGAAUUCUAGUGAAGACUGUGCGAGGAAUGCUCAAUAUCUUUCUGUUUCAUCUAGCCAUAAUGAUAUUUGCUCCCCACAUUCUCAAAGCUCUCAACAGAUGCAACAAAUUUUGAAUCCGCAUCUAUUAAAUUCAAAUUCUCAAAAUCGUUUGAACAGUCCUGCUGGAGCUCUAUCAGGUGCAACUUUGCAGGGUCAAUGGCAUCCCCAAUCACAAGAUAGAAAUCACAGGCCCGGGAGCAUUGUUCAUGAGCCAAAUGUCCAUGAUUUCCAUAAGAAGGCAUCGGGUCACGAUAAAGUGCAGUGUGAUAAUUUACCUACUGAAGGAUCAACAAUUGGGCACUCCGUUGUUACUAGAACCAAAUCUGAGCCUCCUAAUCCCCUUAGUGUCACCUGCCAGAAUAACAAUAGUGCACGCCAGUUUAUAAAUCAGCAGAGAUGGCUUCUGUUUUUGCGGCAUGCCCGUCGCUGUGUAGCUCCUGAAGGGAAAUGUCCAGAGCGGAACUGUGUCACUGCUCAGAAAUUGUGGCAACAUCUCGAUAGAUGCAGUUCUUCUCAAUGCUCAUAUCUCCGUUGCCAACCUACCAAGUUAUUGCUUCAUCAUCACAAGCGAUGUAGGGAUCUGAGCUGUCCUGUUUGUAUUCCUGUCCGAGACUAUAUCCAGAGCCGAAAAAACGUACGUGCCCACAAUGCAUCUGAUUCAAGUUUGCAAAAGUUGACCAAUGGAUUCCCUAAAUCCUGUGAUACUCAAGAUAAUUCCACUAGGUUUGUUUCUAAGACCCUUCAGCCUACUGAAACUUCAAAAGAUCUGCAGUCUUCUCUUAAACGCAUGAAGAUAGAGCAGUCCACUCAGUCUCUUGUUCCUGAGAGUGAGAGCUCUGCAAUUUCAACUUCUGCUAUGAGUGAACACCACAUGUCUUUGGAUGUGCAGUGCCAAGGUUAUCAGCAUAGCGAUGUUACUAUGGCUGUUAAGCAUGAGCUAGUAGAUGUAAAAAUGGAUUUGCUGCAGAGCUCAACUCUUGAAAGCCAUAGUGAUUUGAAGGACGCUAAUGCAGACAAUAAUUGCAGCCAAAGGUGUGAUGUUGACCUCGUCACAUAUGAUGAGUUUUCUAGUUUACCAAAGCAAGAGAAUGUUAAAAUUGAGAAAGAGACAGAGCCAAGUGUGCAAGAUCCUUCAACGCAUGUCACUGAGCAUGCAGCUGCCACCAAGUCUGGGAAGCCAAAAAUUAAAGGGGUGUCACUAACUGAAUUGUUCACUCCAGAACAAGUGAGAGACCAUAUUAUUAGUCUCAGACAGUGGGUUGGCCAGAGCAAAUCCAAGGCUGAGAAGAAUCAAGCCAUGGAACAAUCAAUGAGUGAGAAUUCCUGUCAGUUAUGUGCAGUUGAGAAACUUACCUUUGAGCCACCGCCUAUAUAUUGCACACCAUGUGGUGCUCGUAUAAAGAGAAAUGCAAUGUAUCAUACAGUCGGUGCUGGUGAUACACGACAUUACUUUUGUAUUCCAUGUUAUAAUGAUGCUCGUGGAGAUGCUAUUGUUGUUGAUGGAACUGCCAUUCCCAAGUCAAGGCUAGAGAAGAAGAAAAAUGAUGAAGAGACAGAGGAAUGGUGGGUUCAAUGUGAUAAAUGUGAAGCAUGGCAACAUCAGAUCUGUGCUCUUUUCAAUGGUCGAAGAAAUGAUGGUGGUCAAGCUGAGUAUACUUGUCCAAAUUGCUACAUACAAGAAAUUGAAAGAGGAGAGCGUAUACCAUUACCUCAAAGUGCUGUUCUUGGCGCAAAAGACUUGCCUAGGACUAUUCUUAGUGAUCACAUAGAGCAGCGGUUAGUUAGGAGAUUGAAACAUGAAAGACUGGAAAGGGCAAGGAUUCAAGGGAAAAGUUAUGAUGAGGUUCCUGGAGCAGAUGGACUUGUCAUCAGAGUUGUUUCAUCAGUUGACAAAAAGUUGGAAGUUAAACAAAGGUUUCUUGAAAUUUUUCAGGAAGAAAAUUACCCGUUUGAGUUCCCUUACAAGUCCAAGGCAGUUCUAUUGUUUCAGAAGAUUGAAGGUGUAGAAGUGUGCCUAUUUGGCAUGUAUGUUCAAGAAUUUGGGUCUGAAUGUCAGUUUCCUAAUCAGCGCCGUGUUUAUCUCUCAUACCUUGAUUCAGUGAAGUAUUUCAGACCUGAGAUUAAGACAUACAAUGGGGAGGCUCUUCGAACUUUUGUUUACCAUGAAAUCUUGAUAGGAUAUCUUGAAUAUUGCAAAAAACGGGGCUUCACAAGCUGCUAUAUAUGGGCCUGUCCUCCAUUGAAGGGUGAAGAUUAUAUAUUAUACUGUCACCCAGAAAUCCAGAAAACUCCAAAAUCUGAUAAACUUCGGGAGUGGUAUUUAUCAAUGUUGAGAAAAGCUGCCAAGGAGAAUAUUGUUGUUGAUCUUACUAAUCUAUAUGAUCAUUUCUUUGUCUCCACUGGUGAGUGUAAAGCUAAGGUUACAGCAGCAAGGCUGCCAUAUUUUGAUGGUGAUUAUUGGCCCGGUGCUGCGGAGGAUUUGAUUUAUCAGCUUCGCCAAGAAGAGGAUGGUAGAAAACAGAACAAAAAAGGAAUGACUAAAAAGACAAUAACAAAGAGAGCUCUAAAAGCAUCCGGUCAGUCUGAUCUUUCUGGUAACGCGUCGAAGGAUCUGCUACUAAUGCAUAAACUCGGUGAAACAAUUUCUCCAAUGAAGGAAGAUUUUAUCAUGGUUCAUUUACAACACGCUUGCAGUCACUGUUGUAUUCUUAUGGUAUCUGGAAGUCGAUGGGUUUGCAACCAAUGCAAAAACUUUCAGCUUUGUGAUAAGUGCUAUGAGGCAGAGCAAAAACGUGAAGAAAGAGAGAAACAUCCCAUAAAUCAAAGAGAAAAACAUUCCCUCUAUCCCGAUGAAAUCGGUGACGUGCCUGUUGAUACCAAGGAUAAAGAUGAGAUUCUUGAGAGUGAAUUUUUUGACACCAGGCAAGCGUUUUUGAGUUUGUGUCAAGGAAAUCAUUAUCAAUAUGAUACUCUUAGGCGAGCUAAGCAUUCUUCAAUGAUGGUCCUUUACCAUCUUCAUAAUCCAACUGCUCCCGCUUUUGUCACAACUUGCAAUAUAUGUCAUCUGGACAUAGAAACUGGUCAAGGUUGGCGUUGUGAAGUUUGCCCUGAUUAUGAUGUAUGUAAUUCCUGUUACCAAAAAGAUGGGGGCAUUGAUCAUCCUCACAAGUUGACUAAUCAUCCUUCCAUGGUUGAUCGAGAUGCACAAAAUAAAGAAGCUCGGCAACUACGAGUCAUGCAGCUUAGGAAAAUGCUGGAUCUUCUGGUGCAUGCAUCUCAAUGUCGUUCUGCACAUUGUCAAUAUCCAAAUUGUCGGAAGGUGAAGGGGCUUUUUCGGCACGGAAUACAAUGCAAAACACGUGCAUCUGGUGGUUGUGUUCUCUGCAAGAAAAUGUGGUACCUCCUUCAGCUACAUGCUCGAGCUUGCAAAGAAUCUCAAUGCCAUGUACCCCGUUGCAGAGAUCUCAAAGAGCACUUAAGGCGGCUGCAGCAGCAAUCUGAUUCACGAAGAAGAGCAGCUGUGAUGGAAAUGAUGAGACAGAGAGCUGCAGAACUGAACAAUACUGGGUAACCAAUUUAUAGGUUUUACAUUACAACUAUUGACGACCUCGACAUGUACGGUACGAGGUUGGAAAUUUUUUGAAGCCACUCUUGAAAGAGCACGUCUAGGAGGGAAAUCAGGCAGUGAGCGACAGACGACACCGGUGGAAGCGGUAGGACAAUACACUCUUCUACAUAAUGGUUAAAUAUUCAGGUUUAGGGAACAAUUCUUUUAUUCUAUAUCUACGUCUUGAUUUUAACCCUAUAGAAAAGCCAAGCGAGACCUGAGCAGCAGCUGCCAUCUUCGUCAUCGACCUGGUCGAACAUUGCUUCCAAGUUCUAAUCGAUAGUUUUUCCUUUUAAUCUGUAAAAUACCAUCUUCCAGUUGCAUGUGUACCCAAUCCCCUGUUUAUAAGAUUCAAUAAUUAGCUUCAGGAAAUGCCCAAGGAGACGUACAUUUACUUGGGAGCUUUACGUGUAUAAUUUGGCUUCUACAUUAUUUAUAGAUGAACAACUUCCGUUUGUACCGUUACCCUUGUAGAUUUUGAAGCAAUGUUUUAUAUUAGCAAAUGU